CCGCCGGGCUACGGGGCAGUCGGAGGCGAAACCGCGAGCCGCGAGGAACGCCUGGCUGGAGCUGCCCCCUGCAGCCGAGCCGGGGGGCCCCCUGCCCUUGGCCGCGGCGCUGGGCGGGCGCCCCCGCCGCGCUCCUCCCCGCUCCCCUCGCGCAGGUCCCCGAGCUCCGCCAGCGCCGGGCGCGGCGGGGCCGGCGCGAUGCGGCAGCUGUGCCGGGGCCGCGUGCUGGGCAUCUCGGUGGCCAUCGCGCACGGGGUCUUCUCGGGCUCCCUCAACAUCUUGCUCAAGUUCCUCAUCAGCCGCUACCAGUUCUCCUUCCUGACCCUGGUGCAGUGCCUGACCAGCUCCACGGCGGCGCUGAGCCUGGAGCUGCUGCGGCGCCUCGGGCUCAUCGCGGUGCCCCCCUUCGGCCUGAGCCUGGCGCGCUCCUUCGCGGGGGUCGCAGUGCUCUCCACGCUGCAGUCCAGCCUCACGCUCUGGUCCCUGCGCGGCCUCAGCCUGCCCAUGUACGUGGUCUUCAAGCGCUGCCUGCCCCUGGUCACCAUGCUCAUCGGCGUCUUGGUCCUCAGAAACGGCGCGCCCUCGCCGGGGGUGCUGGCGGCAGUGCUCAUCACCACCUGCGGCGCCGCCCUGGCAGGAGCCGGUGACCUGACUGGCGACCCCAUCGGGUACGUGACAGGCGUGCUGGCUGUGCUGGUGCACGCCGCCUACCUGGUGCUCAUCCAGAAGGCGAGCGCCGACACCGAGCACGGGCCGCUCACCGCGCAGUACGUCAUCGCCAUUUCCGCCACGCCGCUGCUGGUCGUCUGCUCCUUCGCCAGCACCGACUCCAUCCACGCCUGGGCCUUCCCGGGCUGGAAGGACCCGAACAUGGUUUGCAUCUUCGUGGCCUGCAUCCUGAUCGGCUGCGCCAUGAACUUCACCACGCUGCAUUGCACCUACAUCAACUCGGCCGUGACCACCAGCUUCGUGGGCGUGGUGAAGAGCAUCGCCACCAUCACGGUGGGCAUGGUGGCCUUCAACGACGUGGAGCCCACCUCUCUGUUCAUUGCCGGUGUUGUGGUGAACACUCUGGGCUCCAUCAUUUAUUGCGUGGCCAAAUUCUUGGAGACUAGAAAGCAAAGCCACUAUGAGGACCUGGAGGCGCAGCCUGGGGGAGAGGAGGCGCAGCCAAGUGGAGACCAGCUGCCAUUCGUCAUGGAGGAGCUGCCGGGAGAGGGUGGAAAUGGCGGGGCAGAAGGUGGGCAGGCAGCAGGUGGCUCCGUGCAGCAGAGCGGGCAAGGGGCGAGGGCCAGCCGCAGGGGAGUCCCGCUGGUGGCCAGGAGCGGGCCGACCUCAGACAGCUCUGAAGAAGGCAGCAAGAGAUCCCUCAAGGAUGCGUACUUGGAAGUGUGGCGGUUAGUUAGGGGGACCAAAUAUAUGAAGAAAGAUUAUUUGAUAGAAAACGAGGAGUUACCCAGUCCUUAGGCAGGAGAUGCAUGUGUAUGCAUCUGUACCUGCAGUUGUUUUGUAUGUUAGAAAGAACACGCAAGGCCUCUUGGUUGUUCUAGACAGGUGGGGAAGGGAAGCAAAGACAAUCAGCACCUGGGUGGAUCCUUCAGCGCUGCUGUGCCCAAGGCGUGGGAGAGUGGGAAGCUGCUUCCCAGGGCCAGGCAGGGGUUUUGGCUUCAGACUGCCAGCACGUUUAUCUCUUGUCAUUCUAACCAUAACCACAUAGCUGCAUGUACCAAGAGCUCGCCAGCCACCCUCCCCAAAGAGGGGUGUAGAACCCACGACUGCACUGAAGUUCAAAGAUUGCAUCCAGGGCUGCAUUUUUUGAUGAGAGAGCCACCGUUUGUACUGCCGGCUGGGUGUACAGUGUGUUGUUGAAAUGACAGCUAUAAAUGGGUGGAAUUGAUGUUUACUGUUUAUAGUCAUCUGAAAUAUCAUGUUUACUCUCGGUUUCCUUCACUUGUUUCUCAGAGUAAGUGAUCUAUUAUAUCAUGGUAGAAAAUGUUAAAGCUAUUUUGAAAAAAAUGUGAGUUCUUAGCUUUAAUCAUGUAGUCCAAGGUUUGCUUUUAGUAAUUAUUAUAAAAGUAUUUUCAAGGUUGUUUGGGUUUGUUGCUUUCUAAUAUUUAUUAUGGAAUGCAUAACCUUUUAUUUAAAAAAACGCCAGUUUUACUGUGUAGUAUUCUUUCAAGCAAAUGCAAUUGCUGGAAUAUAACUCAGUAUUAACUGAAGUUCGGCCAGAAGGGACCAUCCCACAACGUAAUCCCUUUCAAGUUGCACUGCGUAUCCCAACCAUGUCACAAAAAGAGCAACCACUAUAUUCACUUUACGAUAUUUUUCUAUCUUCAAUUUGUCAAAAUAAAAUCUGAGUCUGUAUGUUAAAAGAUGCAGUGUCAGACAUUUGUUUCGGACACGGUGUGUUCUACGGCUGCUGGGCAGUGUGCAAGGGGCUCUCAGUGUGCGCUGCGUAGCAUC